AUGAUUGAUGUGUUAGACGAGGAGAAACAUAACCUUGUGGUAAUGUCAGGGCUGGGAUAUUGUCCAAUUAUCUGCCCGGGGGACAGUCAAAAAUCAACCAGGAUUGUGACCCAGACCCCCAACAUCAUGGACACAGCAAGCUCCCAAUACAUCACAGCAAGCUCCUCAUACCAAGUACAUAUGUGUUCUAAGUGUCCGGGGGACACAGCGUACCAUUGUGUAUCGUGUCCAUGUGAUCUGUGUCCCCAGUGUAAAGAGAACCAUGUAAAAGAUCUCAAAACAAUAGACCAUGAUGUUGUGUCACACCGUGAUAAAAUCAACUACAUCCCAACACAAGAGAUCUGUAUGAGACAUCCUAGCCAUGUUUAUACAAAGUACUCUGAACCUUAUCAAGUUCCUUUGUGUGAUUUUUGGUUUGGACAUAAAUCACACAAACUCCCUGAUCUGCAAAAAGCUUAUAAAACAAAGCGACAACAACACAGAGGAACCAUUCACACCAUCAGAAGUGAGGCUCUGUUUUACAGACCUGUUCUCCUGACAGGAAUCAAAGCUGAUGUCAAAACCUGUCGCACAGAAUUCUCCCUCUACCAAUCAGAGAUGUUAACAAAGGCCCAGAGACUGAAGCAUCUCAUUGACUAUGUGGUAUAUGAUCUAUUGAACUAUGUGUUUUGUUACUUUGAUUUCAAACACAGAUGUAAAAAACAUAAGAUAGAUAUGAUCAGACAUAUUGGCAGACUAAGGAGAUAUGAACACAGAUAUGUACAGCCAGCAUUCACAUUCAGUGCGCUACAAUUCCUCUCCUUCACAAAAACAGCCCUCCCCCAGAUACAUCUUACACUCCAUACCAGCCAGCUCUCCAUGACUGAGUCACUCAACAAGGAGGAUGUGAUGGAGUCACUGAGUGCAAUCCAAAUCACAGAGAGAGGAAACCGACGCGUAGGAAACCAGUGUCUGCUGAAACUGACGUCUGGUGCUGAGCUCCAUCAAUCUCUCACAGUGACAGGUGUUGAUGAUUGUGAUCACAUUUCCUGUGUGACAUCAGACCGAGUCUGGGUCAGUGAUAGAGACAAUCUCAUGUUGACAGACACAACAGGUGUCCCUCUACAUCGUGUGGAGGCUUCAUGUCGUUAUUUAUUUGGAUUACACACACUGAACAAUGAGAGUGAACUGAUCUAUAUAGAUAGGAAACGUAACAUCAACAAACUGUCAAAGGAUAUGAAAACAACCACCACAUUUAUAAAGAGAACAGACUCUACAUGGGAACCACAGUGUGUGUACUGGUCCCCGUCCACUGGGGAUCUACUGGUCGGGAUGUAUAACGAUGAUACGGAGACAGGCAAGGUAACCCGGUACAACCAGAGUGGACAACUCACACAAACCAUACAGUACCACAACACAGGACGGGGGCUGUAUAGUGAACCUCACUAUAUAACAGAGAACAACAAUGGGGAUGUCGUGGUGUCUGAGUUUGACUAUGGGUCUCGUGCUGUAGUGGUGACAGAUCGUGGAGGAAGACAUCGUUUCUCCUACACAGGACAUCCAUCAGGAUCAGGACUAUGGCCAUAUGGAAUCUGUACUGACGCGCUGUCACACAUCCUGGUGUGUGAUGGUAGAACCGAAACAGUACAGAUGUUGAAUAGGGACGGUCAGUUCCUGUCACAUCUGCUGACAAAAUCACAAGAGAUGGGUGAACCACGGAGCCUGAGUUAUGAUGACAACACUCACCUUCUCUGGGUCGGAUCAGUGUACAACAAGGUGUGUGUCUACAGGUAUAUCACCAGACAGGACGCUCUGACAGAUGAACACAGACCCCGUCCUGAUGGUGACACCCGAGACACGACACCUCGUCACAACAACUCAUCAACUAAACGAAUAUGA